AUGGCUCCUCGGGAGAGACGUGCAGCGAAUUCCACUGGCAGUGAUGGUCCCCGAGGUAGCCCUGAAGGAUCUCAACAAGUCAAGAAUCGUCCAUCGCCCUCGUGCAUCCCAUGUCGGAGAAGGAAAGUAAAGUGUGAUCGAACGAAACCCUGCCGGGCAUGCUGUAGCAAAGAUACGCCAGACGCCUGCCAAUACAAUACGAAUAGCGAAGAUCGUUUCUACAUCUCCCAGGCGGAAAUCAUUGAAAACCUGCGGAACGAGGUAAAUCGUUUAAGAAACAGACUGGCGAUCCUGGAGCGGGAGACGCAAUCAGACCUUUCAGUCACAGUAUCUGAGUCCGACUGUGCAUCGUCCCCCGCGGUCGUUCAGAAUACAGUCAGGGGCUCAUCAGUUCCGAGGUCGGCCACCAAAUAUGCAGCGUUAGAAAACAUGUACGCCCUGCUCGCAUCAGCACCGCCGGAUCUAGUGGAGGAUGUAAUCACCCAGGUCCGAGAGGGGGCAUCGGUUGAAGCCGUUGCGGCUCGUGUAACGUCUAUGGAUUACGCUCUAGUAAGGGGUCGGUCAGUUUGA